UUCCAACAAGUAGGUCGACGAAGACGAAAAUGAUUUCGUUCCUUUUUUAUAAAACAAUUGAAUUGAUUCUCAACUGAUUCAUUUCAUUCUGUAUAGGUAGUAGUAAUUAAGUUUAAUUUUUUAAAUAAAUAUUAACAAAGAGUUUAUUAUAUAUCGACAUGAUCUAAGUAAUACUAACACUAAUACAACAAAAAUUACGUCAUAUGAUAAUUGUAAAACAAAACAUGUAAACUGAGUGUCAUGGCAAGACACUUUUACAGAUGAAGAUUUCAAUUUCGUAAUAGUUCAAGUUCAAAAUAAUAAUGAUGACUGCAUUAUUGACGUAGUUAAAUUCAAACGUGGUAUGGAAUACUCAAAAUGAUAAACGCAGAAAGAUUUUCCUAGUAAAAAAACUAUAAAAUUAAACUAGUAAAUAAUUUCGUUAACUUUAGGAAUGUACGUAUAAAAUCAAACUAUUAAUUACUAGUUAGCAAUAAAAGUAAGAAACAAUUUUAUUCAGAUUAAUUCCAAUACAAAGAGAAUAGUUUUAUAAGAGCCAAUAAAACUAAAGAUAAUUUGCAUUAUAUGAUAAGAGAUGAAUUAGGUCUAAAUCGACUAGUAAACAAGUUACAAUUCUAUGCUAUUUUCUAAAAUAAUAUAGAUCAAUACUUUAUCGUUGCAAAUAAUAAAUAUAUCAUACAAUUAUUAAAUACAUCUCUUAUUAUAAUAGGAAACUGUGAAAUUAAAAAUUAUAAAAAAGCUUCUCCUACCACGAAACUGGUAAAUAAUGCAUCUGUAUUACCAUAAAAUAUAACUGUUUCACAAAUACCAAUAUCAACUCUAAUAAAAACGAUACAAUAGACGUAACAAAAAAGUAAUAUAUCUUAUGUUUUAACACCUAUAUUAAAGACUAAAUACUAAAUUAUAUAACUAAGAUGAUAUCAAAAAGUAACUCAUUAAUAAAUAAAACUUAAACCAAUUAAAGUUCUUACACAAAUAAUUAAGACACUACUUUUCGCGAUAGCAAGAAAAUUAAGUUUAGUAAUGUUAAUGACACAAAAUUAUAACCACACAAAUUCUUCAAUUAUUUUUAGUAGGACAUAGAUGGUUAAAACAUGAGCAACGAUAACUACAUAUAAAAAUCCAUUAGAUAAAAACACAAGAUAUAUGAAAUGUAAAUUAAAACUUAAUAUUCACCAUGUAUUUAUAAAUAGAUUCUUGAAUCAAACUCUUUUAUUACGUAUUGCGCAGCAGAGGGGGACGACACGUGUCACACGCUCUUCGAUUACGAGUGCUUCAUAAAAUUUGAUUAAGUCGAAACCAGACAUCACAGAACCGUUAUCGCGUUUGGACCGUUCGUUCCUUCGUCAACGACUGAGUUCCGAUAUACUUUUUUUUUUUAUCGUUAUUACUAUUGUCAUUAUUAAGAAAAGCGAGCGUUAUCUGAAGCUUAUUGGACGAUAAGUCCAAUUGAAAAUAUAAUCCUCUGUUUUUGAAAGGUUAUAAUAAAAUAUAAUUACAAAUAUUUCAAUUUAUUAAUAAUUAAAUGAACAAGUAAGAACAAUGAAAAAUGAAAAUAUUUUUUGUUUCUUUUUAAUAUCAUCGAAUAUCAUUGUUUAAACAAAAGAAAUAUAAAUAUACGUAUAUAUGUAUAUACACGUGUAUGUGUGUAUAUUCGAUUGUUUACGCUAGUCACGAUCACUUUUAUAGAAAGAAAGAAAGAAAGAAUGAGAGAGAGAGAGAGAGAGAGAUAGAGAGAGAGAGAGAGAGAGAGAAGAUAAAGACCGUAUGAUUCACCUGUCCUACGUGAAUGAUUUAUUCUUCUCUUUGUGUUUAUACCCAGUAAUUUAAAGUAGAAGUGCUAAUAAAUAUGAUAUUACACGUAUCGACGAACGUGUGUAAUAGAUCAUUAUUCAAUGAUCGAAGAAUACGAUAAAUUUCAAUAUUGUUUGGAUAUAAAAUUACAUCGAUAUAUAUAUAUCGUAGAUCAUUAUCUUUAUUACGUGUAAUACGUGAGUUUAUAAAGGAAAGCUCAAUGUCGGUAUAGAUACGUAUAAAUAAUCGUUUGAAUGAUCCUUUCAAGCAUGAAGACCUUACGGUAUUUGAAAAUAUACACGCAUGAGUUCGUUAAAAUGAGAAGGAAAUACGAUCGAUCGUAUUGAUAUAUCGCUGGUUUUGGGUAGAGUGAGGAUAUCCGAAUCGUUAUCGAAGGAAACAAUUCGCUCUCUCUCUCUCUCUCUCUCUCUCUCUCUCUCUCUCUCUCUUUCUCUCUUUCUCUCGUUUGCUCUCUGCUCUAUGUAAACACAUAUGUACAUAUAUAUAUAUAUGUGUGUGUAUCUACAUAUAUACAUAUCUGCCUGCACAAAGAGCUUUAUCCGCUUUUAAUCGCUUCGGCUUGUCAGUCAGUUGAACAGCAACGUAUCGCAUGACUCUUGUGAGACCGAAUGAACGUUUGCAGAAAAACAAAAAAAAAAAAGGUCGAUCAGCGAUAAUAAUCAUUCCAUUCGUUAGAAAUACGAGAAUGAUUCAUAUUUAACAUACAUAAGGAUUUCUCCGAAGUAGUCGCAUUACUUUCCGAAUUAGAAAUUCUUAUCAAGAGAAACGAGAUCGGAAGAAAGCGAUAAGUAAAUUCAAUGAGAGAUUAUCAUCAGGAUUAUCCGCUAAUAAUGAUUUGCUUUCUAUCCUCGAAGAAUUACCAACGAUGUGCGUCUUAUUUUAUUUCCUUUUUUUUUCUCUUUUUUCCUUUCCUUUUAUUUUUUUUUUUUUCCUUUUCUACGUAAUUGGAAUUUCUUUCUGGUUUAUACGCGAUAAUUCGUAUUCUGCUGUUAUUCAAUUUUAAACGUAAUUUUUCUUAAUGAGCAAAAAAUGUGAAACGCACAUGUGAAAUCCUUGUUAAGAAAGAAAAAAAAAAGAAAAAAAAAAAGAAAAAAAUGUGCGUAUGAAACGUAAUAUUCAGAUUCUUUAUGAAAUAUUUUUAUAAAACAUAUUUUUCUAUGAAUGUACAUGUAUAUAUAGUAUACCUAAGGAUCACUCUCGUUUGACAAGGAAAACUAAUUAGUCCGCGCGAAGGUUUACGUAUUGUCCUACGCUGUUGAUUCGUUUCGUACGACAAUGGAUUCCAACGACAAUGGCCACGGUAAUCGAUUUAGACUGCAUUCAAAUGUACGAACGGAAGUUAGCAAGACGUACGUGAAUCGUGAACGAGCAGUGAACGAUGAAAAAGUAAGAAGAAAAGAAUCAGAAAAAAGAAAGAGAGAGAGAGAGAGAGAGGAAAAAAACGAAAGAGAUUAAAAAACGCUGAUUUUCAGAUAUGCCUCAGGGUGAUAACCGUAAAGAUCUCGAUUUUACAAAAAGAAUUCGUUUUGAGUACUGCUUUAUGUGAAAAAAGAAAAUGAGAGAGAAAGAAUGAAUGAAAAGACGAAUUUCAUUAGAUAUCUCUCUCUCUCUCUUUUUCUCUUUCCAUCUAUUUUUCUGUCUCUCUCUUUCUCUCUUUUUUUUCUCUCGAGCCCUUCCUCGAUAUGCAUCAGCGACCUGCCUUAAUGUAGCGUGCAUAUGUAAUAACGAUUAGCCUAUGCCGGAUACAAUGACUCGAUGAACGACAAACAGCAUGUGCACGUUCAACUUAUAUGUACAUGUCCAUGUGUUUUAUAUACAAACAUAUGUAUGUACAUUGGCCGUUGACCCGUAACCUUAAAAUUCGAGUUCAAUGAUAGAUUCAUUUAUACACAUCGUAUGUUAUUUGUGGAACGCUCGAAAUACGAAGUUAUAAAAGUGUAAACAAUAACAAGCUCGAUGGCUCUGAUAGAUCAGUCGAUUACGAAACUUUGAAGCGUCAAUAUCGUAACUCUCUUAAUAUUUAUUCGCGUAGUAUUAUUUCUCGAAUUAUCUAAUCUUAUACGUCUUGCACAAGCACAUCGAAUUUUAGGAUUAAGGAUUAUUGUAUUACUUUCGCAUUGGAAUAAUCGAUAUUAAUCAUUUUCAAAUAUCUUUUGCUUUUUAAGUUAUAAUCGAACUAUUGUUGUUUAUUCGUAUCUUUUCUAUACACGUGUUUCGUAGGCGGCAAAUAAUCGACCAAUCAAAUCACAGCCGCCAUGACACUUGUGUUAUUCGCGGGAUCAGCACAACGUCACCUAUCUACAUGAUAAUAGUUUUGUAUUCGAACGACAAACAACGUGAACUCGAUCGGUUAAAUAGCUGUACUGUAAUUUUUUUAAAUUUCUUUCGGCUUCUAUAUGUUAACAUAUAUACGAUAUUGUGAUAAUAUUAAUAUAUUUUCUUAAAAUAUUUUCUACGUUUCGUGAAGAACGUGGGACUUCUUCUUAAUUUAAGUAUUCCGAACGUAUCCGUGUUACCACUACUUCGUAGUAUUUUAUUUGCUUAUACUUUUAUUAAGAAUAUACCAGCAGUUCCGUUAUAAGCCAAACUGACUUAUCUACAAAGCAGCCAUUUAAGUUUUCAGUGUCUGAAAUUAACCCCCCCAAGCGUAGCUUGGGCGGAAUUCGUAUCGUAACACAUUACAGUUUAUAAUGCAUUUUGUAAGACGAUUUAUACAAAAUAUUUACAUUAUUCUUUUGAGAGUGUAAUUUAAUUACAAACGAGAAAGAAAAUGUUGAGAUUUCUUUCGCGACGACGAGCUCGUAGUGUAACUGGGCAAAACACCUCGUCCCAGAUUAAAAAUCAGAGGUUACUUAGCAAUAAAAAUGUUGUGCAAUGUAGAGUUGUUUUAUUAGAUGGAACUGACUUGCCUAUAGAAUUAUCGAAAAAAGCUCUAGCCAGUGAUUUAUAUGAACAGGUAUUUUAUAGUUUAGAUCUGAUAGAAAAAGAUUAUUUUGGAUUGCAAUAUACGGAUAGUAAUAACGUCCAACAUUGGUUGGAUCCAACAAAACCGAUAAAAAAACAAGUAAAAAUCGGACCACCGUAUACACUUAGACUCAAAGUAAAGUUUUAUUCUUCAGAACCAAACACAUUGCGCGAAGAAUUAACUCGGUAUCAAUUUUUUUUACAAUUAAAACAGGAUGUAUUAGAAGGUAAACUUCAUUGUCCACAUCAAGUGGCUGUUCAGUUAGCUGCCUUAGCUCUUCAAUCUGAAUUAGGUGACUAUGAUCCAACCAUGCAUAGUGCUGCAACGGUAUCUGAAUUCAGAUUUGUCCCGGGGCAAACAGAACAAAUGGAAUUAGAAAUACUUGAAGAAUAUGCCAAAUGUUCGGGUCUCAGUCCAGCACAAGCCGAAUCGGCCUAUCUUAGUAAAGCAAAGUGGUUAGAUAUGUAUGGAGUUGAUAUGCAUACAGUUCUUGGUAAAGAUGCAUGUGAAUAUUCGUUGGGUUUAACGCCAACUGGAAUACUUGUUUUUGAAGGAAUGCAGAAAAUUGGCUUAUUCUUCUGGCCAAAAAUUGGUCGUUUAGAUUUUAAAAAGAAAAAAUUAACAUUGGUAGUGGUAGAGGAAGAUGAUGAAGGAAGAGGAGAACAGGAGCAUACGUUUGUUUUUAGACUAGUCAAUGAGAAAGCAUGUAAGCAUUUGUGGAAAUGUGCAGUAGAACAUCAUGCCUUUUUUCGUUUACGUGCUCCUGUCAAGGGUACGAGUGGUCGUCAAAACUUUUUCCGCAUGGGAUCACGUUUUCGUUAUAGUGGAAAAACAGAAUUUCAAACUACUCAAUUAAAUCGAGCUCGCCGUACUGUUCAAUUUGAACGCCGACCGAGUCAAAGAUACGCGCGUCGACAAAGUCAUGUUUUACGAGAACGUCAACGCCAACAAGUAGAUCAGUUACAACAACCACUUACUACCGAAGAAGAACCUCUGCAACGUCAGCCAAGUCACGCUAGUACAAAAUCGUCAGAUUCCAGUGUUCAAGGGGCAUCAUCACCUUUGGUAGAUUCUUUGUUGAAAUCCCUUGCUAAAGAUCAACAACCUCUCGAACCAAGAAAUCAAACAGCAGUUGUUAAUACCGAAAAAGAAUCUGAACCUGUUAAAUCUACAUUACCCGUCGACAAUGUAGCUAAUCAAGUGCAAUUAGUACCUAAUAAUCAAGUUGGUGGUAGUUCAUCUUUACCACCUCGUACUCCGAUACCACCAGAAUCACUUAAAUGUAAUAUAUUGAAAGCAAAAUCCCUUGAACAGGGUAAAAAUUCUAAUUUAAUUUCUAUUACAUCUGUGGAUCAAUCUGCAGUUACAGUCAAAAAUAGUCAGCCUUCUGAUGCAGCAACUAUCGUUUCAGUGGAUGAUAGCCCAGCUGUAUCUGAUAUCAGUCCAUGGUUGGUAGCAGAUCCAUCUCAAGCUGCAACAACAGAACAAUCUCCAGGCAAACAAACAGUCAUAACUAGAAAAACGAAGGAGAAAAAAAAUGUUCCAUAAGAAUUCACUUUAAUUUGUUAUUCGUACUAUUCGUUAUUAAAGUAAAUUUCGAACAUU